GGGAGGUAUGCUAUACCUGUGAACGUGUCACCCUGUCUUUGAGGGCCACCCUCCCUCUGCCCACGCACUCACGACACGCCUCCUGUCACAUGACGCAGCGCUGGAAGAGACCUGAGAUAACACCCGCUGCAUUCUGGGAACUGUAGUCUCCUCUCGGUGCGCCGCGUUACUACCGUCUGCUAAGAGUACCGACGAUGUGCCUCACCACACACAGGUAAUGACAUUUUGGAUCCAGUUCUGAGUUCUGAUUUCUCAAGAUAUAAGAAAAGAAUGAGCCCAGUUCUGCAGAGUCCUAACUCAGGACACUAUACAGGCGUAACAUGGGGACAAAAUACACCUCCACCAGAGCCUGUGGGUGUCCCUCCUCCUUGGAGGAAGGUAUUAUAUGCAAGACAGCCAUUCCCAGACAAUUUUGUUGAUAAGAGCUUCUUGGAAGAGCUGCGGAAGAACAUCUAUGUGCGACGGUAUCGUUAUUGGGCUGUGGUCUUUGAAUCUGCUGUGGUGAUUCAGCAACUAUGCAGCGUCUGUUCCUUCUCUGUCAUUUGGUGGUACAUGGACCAAGACUUGCUGUCCCCUCAGAAGCUUUGUGGGAUUGGCUUGGCCUUUACGCUCCUUGGGUAUCUCCUGUUCGAUGCAGUUGACAAAGGUGUAGGACGGAAAGAUAGCGGACGGACUCGCUGGGAUGAUCUGAAGAGUUCUCUGGUGUUUGUAGCUUUUACUUACGGUUUCUCGCCAGUGCUAAAGACGCUGACAGAAUCGAUCAGCACUGACACCAUCUAUGCCAUGUCUGUGCUGAUGCUGCUGGGACAUCUGGUUUUCUUUGAUUAUGGGGCAAAUGCAGCUGUUGUCUCUAGCACUCUGUCCAUUAAUAUGGCUAUCUUUGCCUCUGUAUGUCUGGCUUCACGCCUUCCUCGCUCCCUCCAUGCUUUUACUAUGGUGACUUUUGCCAUUCAAAUCUUUGCCCUUUGGCCCAGUCUACAGAGGAAACUCCGGGCAUACACUCCCUGGACGUACAUUUGUGUGACCUUUCUGUUCUCCCUGUUUUCUGUGGUGGGGCUGUUGAGCAUCUCUUGUGUUGGGGCCCUGCUUUUCUUCUUGCUGCUGAUGUCCGUGACAUUUCUGUGCCCAUAUUGCCUCAUCCGAUUACAGCUUUUCAAGGACAACAUCCAUGGUCCUUGGGAUGAAGCAGAAAUCAAGGAAGACCUUUCCCAUUUCCUGGACUAAUUGUUCCUAUGGUUAUUAUAAAAUGAACAGUUACAGUAAUUGGUAAUGGGUGUAUUGUAGUUUAUUGGUGUGGGCUGUGGUUACAGCUACAAUAACGUGCCCAAUCAGCCUUCAUUGUAAACUGGUCAUGUUCCAACCUGAACUUUACCAAUGGAGGGAACCUAGAAUCCAUGCAUUGUCUUAUAGUACAUAUGAACUUUUUAGAUGCUUGUAGAUAUAACCUUUUUCAUUACCAAUAUUAGCAGUUAUCACUAUAAGACAAUAUGCGUACCUUUAUACAUGUACACAGUCACAGAGAUCAUAGGUAAUGAUGAAUUCCUAUUUAAUCACUUAAGCAUUCAGAAUAACAAUCUCUGCUGUAUUGAUUUCUCAUAUUAUUAUUUACAUCCUGAAAACCUGCUGCUGAAUGAGCUCCCUACCCCUGAGACUCUCUGCCCUUUCCUAUUCCUCAGAGCCUGGCCUAGCCACCGUGACUAGCUGUUUGUUCAUGGCUAAGUUGAAGGUCACAUUUAAUUAUUCCUCCCUAACCUCUCUGCCACUAUCAGUACAUACAAUCAAUGGUGAUUUUCUCUUUAGGCACAUGCCUAGGGGCGGCACUUGGAUGCUUGUUUUAGUACUAUCAGUCCUAAAUUUACCAGUAACUACUAAAUAUUUCCACUUUACUGUACCAUAUGCAUCUUGAAGAGUAGAAACAGAUAGGAAAUGCAGAGGCUGCCCAACUAAGUUGUCCUAAUGUACAUAGUAAAUAUGCAUACAGUACAUUGUGUGUAUGUGUUGUUUAUAUAUGCAUUAUAUAAUGUUUUACGACAUGGGAGAAGUAUUAUAUAUAUAUAUAUAAAAUGGACGUAUGUGUGUAUGUUCCUGCAUAUCCCUGGAACGUCUGGGGCAUUUUACACCAAACUUGGUACACACAUGAAUUACAUCUGGGGAAACCCUAGUGGUGGGGAUGGUAAGGGGGUGACAUGUAAAACUCCAUAGUUUUCGGCAUAACUCUGGAAUGCCUGGAGAAAUUUACACCGAAGCAUCCACGGGUAGGGGCAGAGGCACCUACGGGUAGGGGUAGAGGCACCUACGGGUAAGGGCAGAGGCACCCAUGGAUAGGGGCAGAAGCACCCACGGGUAAGGAUAGAGUCACACACGGGUAGUGGCAGAAGCACCCACGGGUAAGGAUAGAGGCACACACGGGUAGGGGUAGAGGCAUACGGGUACAGGCAGAUGCACACUCGGGUAGGGGCAGAGGCAUACUUUAGUUUUGAAGCUAAGCAAGGAGACCUAGGGCCCUUUGACAUAGGGGAUCAUUCCGACCCAAUCACAUAAUGCGCUUGGUCGUAGCCGUGCGAUCGGGUCGGAACUGCGCAUGCGCGUCAUUGCCCGGCGACGUCAGGCGCCGCUAGCGAAGAAAGCGUCGACUGCAAGAAGAUUGACAGGAGGAAGGCGUUCCGGGGCGUCAACUGACCGUUUUCUGGGAGUGGUGCGGCGAACGCAGGUGUUUGGAGGGCGGAUGUCUGACGUCAAUUCUGGGACCUUCAACACUGGAUUCAUCGCACAGGAUAAGUAACUCUUACCCUGGUCUAGUUCUGCACAAAACUUUUUUUGCAUAGCAGGGCUGCACAAGCGAUCGCAGCCUUGCUAUGCAAAAAAACUCUCCCCCACAGGCGGCGUCUAGUUGAUCGCACAGGCUGCAAAAAGUUGCAGCGUGCGAUCAACUCGGAAUGACCCCCACAGAGUCAGCCUGCAAACCUAACAUAUUUAACAUACAGCGGGCGGAGCUUGGCCUGUUGUCCCAGCAUUUACAGCACUGAGCAGGGCAGCAUCAGAGGUGGGACGGGGCAGAGAAGGAGGUGGAUUAUUCUCCUCAGCACCAGAUUUUGACAUCAUCAAUUUGGGGAAGCCCAGAGGUGCGGCCUGACAAAGAUUGGUAUUAUUCUUUACAUUCCAUAGCGAAGCACAGGUAUUCAGCUGGUUUCUAAUAAAUCUGAUCUGGUACAAUAUUCUUCAGUUGCACCUGAACAAGGAGAUUUAUGGUAGACUUACCUUUGUUAAAUCUCUUUCUGCGAGGUACAUUGGUUCCACAGGGAAAACAUCGGGGUGUAGAGAUGGAUCUUGAUCCACAGGCACCAACAGGCUAAAGCUUUAGACUGUCCCAAGAUGUAUUGGGGCCUCCUCUAUACCCCACCUCCAGGCACUGGAGCUCAUUUUCGUCCAAUGCAGGAGCAGGUAAAAGAGAAGGCAGAUGUCAGUCACAUAGAACCACAGUCUCACGACAGGAGAAGGGACCCGCUAGGUGCGUCAAGGCGGGCGGCCUGUGGAACCAAUGUACCUCAUAGGAAGAGAUUUAACAAUGGUAAGUCUACUAUAAAUCUCCUUUUCUGCAGUGGGGUACAUUGGUUUCCACAGGGAAAACAUCGGGGAUGUCCAAAGGCAGUUCCUCAUCGGAGGGGACGCGCCGUAGCGGGUAUGAAAACCUGGCGUCCAAAGGAAGCAUCCUGGGAGGCGGAAGUAUCAAAGGCGCAGAACCUAAUGAAUGCGUUCACUGAGGACCACGUAGCCGCCUUGCACAAUUGUGCAGCGGACACGCGUCCGGCUGCCCAAGAAGGUCCAACAGACCGAGUAGAAUGGGUUUAAUAGCAGCAGGAGCUGGAAAACCAGCCUGUGCAUAUGCUUGUGCAACCACCAUUCCAAUCCAUCUGACCAAUGUUUGCUUGUUCGCAGGCCAGCCACGUUGGUGAAAACCAAAAAGUACAAAAAGAGUAUCUGACCUAAUAGAGGCAGUCCUCUCCACAUCCAUCGGAGAGCCCGUACCACAUCCAAAGAUUGCUCUUUGGAGGACAAACCAGAAGAUAUAAAAGCCGGAACCAGAAUCUCUUGGUUAAGAUGGAAAGAUGACACCACCUUAGGUAGAUAACCAGGGCGAGUUCUUAGAACUGCCCGGUCACAGUGAAAAAUCAGAAAGGGUGGACGACAGGACAAAGCGCCUAAGUCAGACACCCUCCUGUCAGAGGCAAUAGCCAGUAGGAACAGGAUCUUGACCAUGAGCCAUGUAUGGUCCGCUGACUCAUGCGGUUCAAAUGGAGACUCUUGCAGGGCAUUCAGGACAUCAGACAGAUCCCAUUGAGCCACAGAAUGGACAUACGGAGGCGGAAUCCGUAAAACACUCUGAGUGAAAGUGUGAAUGUCAGGAAUAGACGCAUUUUCUCUGAAACCACACCGACAAGGCAGAGAUAUGAACCUUGAGGGAGGCCAGACGAAGGCCUAAAUCCAGGCCUUGUUGUAGAAAAGCCAGAAGUCUGGAAGUACUGAAUUUGUAAACAUCGUCAUUCUUAGCAGCAUACCAGGUGAAGUAAGAAUUCCAGACCCUGUAAUAAAUCCGUGCAGAUGCCGGUUUGCGGGCCUUCAGCAUAGUUUGGAUAACCGCCUCGGAGAAUCCUUUGGCCCUUAGGAGUGAAGCUUCAAGAGCCACGCCAUCAAAGCCAGUCUGGCCAGGUCCAGGUAGACACUGUCACGGACCUGGGUUGAGAGAGUAGAGAACUCGGGGAUUCUUCCGAUGGUUGGGAAGUAGAACCGUAGUUGGGUCGAAAUAGAGAGGGCCGAAUGUAGGUCUUCCUCAUGCAGGAUUAAUAGAUUACUUAAAUUCGUGUACGAUGCUGGGUGCACUGAAUGAGGAAUGAAACGAUGAUUUGAGAACGGUGCUGAAGAACACUGAAGAAAUUAGAGAUGACUUGUGAACGAUGCUGGAGAACACUAAACGAGAGAUGACUUGUAAAUGAUGCUGAAGAGCACUGAAUGAGGGAUGACUUGUAAAUGAUGCUGAGGAACACUGAAUGAGAGAUGACUUGUAAAUGAUGCUGAAGAACACUGAAUGAGAGAUGACUUGUAAACAAUGCUGAAGAGCACUGAAACUUUGUAGCUGAGAGACACGCUGUAUGCUGGAAGCACUGAAACUUUGUAGCUGAGAGACACACUGUAUGCUGGAAGCACUGGAACUCUGUAGCUGAGAGACACAGGGACUCUGUAGCUUAGAGACGUGAGCCUGGGGGGUAGCUUUGCAGCGACGAUACUCAGGCGCCAGGCUUUGCCCGGCGUCUCCUUUUAAACUUCCCACUCUGCUUCUCAUUGGCAGAGGAAGGAGGGAAGGUAGAGGUACAUCACCGCCCCACGUGGACUUUGUAUGCAAUGGCGGCGCCCACGGAACGGGGAACCGCCGGCGGCAGCGCCACCCGCUACCCGGGACCCAGCGGCCGACGGAGGAGAAGCUGCCCCAGAGAGACCCAACGCACCUGGAGCUGUAAGCACUGUGGCCGCCGCUCUGAGGCUGUGACAGACACAAGGGCCCUGAACGAGGAGGUCUGGGCAUUGAGGAAGUAGAAGAGGAUGCUCUAUCGAUAGACCCUGCAGGUCUGAGAACCAAUGCCAUCUGGGCCAUGCUGGAGCGUCUAGAAGUAGUAUUCCUCCCUCUUGUUUGAACUUCCGUAGUACCUUGGGCAGGAGUGACACUGGAGGGAACACGUAUGGCAGCCGAAAGUUCCAUGGAAUUGCUAAUGCGUGCACGAACACUGCUUGAGGAUCCUUGGUUCUUGAUCCGAAGACCGGAACUUUGUGAUUGUGUCGAGACGCUAUCAGGUCUACAUCUGGUAGGCCCCACUUGUCCACUUGGAGUUGAACAACUUCCUGAGGAAGACUCCACUCUCCGGCAUGCACGUCCUGCCGACUGAGGAAAUCCGCUUCCCAGUUGAGGACGCCCGGAAUGAACACUGCCGAUAUUGCUGGCAGAUGGCGUACUGCCCAACGAAGGAUUUUUGACACUUCCAUCAUUGCCAUGCGGCUUCGAGUGUGACUUGAUGAUUUAGGUAUGCCACUGUGGUGGGGUUGUCUGACCAUACCUGAACAGGCCUGUACUGUAUCAGAGGCGGGCGAGAGAAAAAGCAUUGAACACUGCCCGCAAUUCCAGAAUGUUUAUCGGGAGGAGUUAUUCCUCCAUGGUCCACCGACCCUGUAAAGAGUGUUGCUACAACACUGCGCCCCAACCCCUCAGACUGGUGUCUGUAGUCAGUAGGACCCAGUUGGGGAUCCAGAAGGGACAGCCCCUGCUCAACUGCUGGUCCUGUAGCCACCAAGUCAGCGACAGGCGAACCUCCGGAGUCCAAGAGAUCAUGUGAGAUCUGAUCCAUUGAGGUAGGCCGUCCCACUUGGAAAGGAUUAACCUCUGCAGAGGGCGGGAAUGAAAUUGAGCGUACUCUACCAUGUUGAAAGCCGUCACCAGCAGGCCUAGUACUUGCAUCGCCGAGUAUAUGGACACUCUUGGGCGAGAGAGGAAGUAUCUGAUUCUGUCCUGAAGCUUCAGGACCUUCUCUGGAGACAGAAACAGCCGUUGACUGUGUGUAUCCAGCAGUGCCUCCAGGUGCACCAUGCUCCGAGCAGGGCAGAGCCUGUAACUGAUAGUGAAGGUUGCCAAUAGCAAACCGCAGAUAUUGCUGAUGCGAUGUGGCAAUAGGUAUAUGCAGGUAUGCAUCUUGUAUAUCCAGGGAUACCAUGUAAUCUCCGGGUUUUAUGGCCAGUACAAUUGAGCACAGUGUGGAACUUGGAUACUCUCACAUGUUCAGUGAUUUGAGGUGGAGUAUAGGCCGGAAAGAUCCAUUGAGUUUUGGUACUAGAAACAGGGUCGAUUAGUAUCCUCUGCCUCUUUUUGAUAGAGGUACCGGCAUCACCACUCCUGUAUCCAGGAGGGAACUCACAACCAAUGGUAGAGCUUGCGCCUUUAACAGAUCCAAAGGGGUAAUCGUUGUCCAAAACUGGCGAGGGAGACGCCUCUUGAAAGAGACUGCGUACCCAUGAGAGAUAACUUCUCGCACCUAUGCGUCUGAUGUGAUCAUUAACCAGACCUGGGUGAAUCGCAGAAGUCAGCCUCCCACCCCAGGGUUUUCCAGGGGGAGAUCUGUCCUAUCAUGCAGCAGGCUUGGGGUGUUUAGAAGAAGGCAGACGGGCUGCCCAGGAUUGUUAGGCCUUGGGCUUAGUGGUUUUUGGGAGCACAAGAUAAUCUUGGGUAUGCCUUCGAGUUCUCUUCAGGCCGAAAGCAGGGAAAAGUGGUACCUUUUGCCCUCUGUGCAGAAGGAGUAGCAUUUGAGAGAAAGGCAGACAUAGUAGUCACCGCUCCAGACCCAAUUUUUAAUUAGGUCUUCCCCAAAAAGGAUGUCCCCAGUAAAGGGAAAUACCUCAAUGAUUUUUGGAGUCCAGUUCCACCUUCCAUGACCUCAACCACAGAAUACGGCGAACCAGGUCAGACAUAUUCGAUGCCUUGGCAUCCGACACACCCUCCUCAGGGGACGCCUCCUGGUGUAAAAGAGGUGGCGGUGGUAUUGUGAGACAGGGAAUGUUUGGCAUUGUCAGAUAUAUCCUCGGGCAGCUCAUCCUCUAAUGCCUGAUCCAGUGUUAAAUCUACUUUGCAGCCCCAAGAGGAUGCAAUCGUGGUCUAUGUACAACACCUGUAAGGGAGUAAUAGACUUCAGGCAUCCCUCCACACACUUAUCUGUUGGUACCUACAGUGAGGGGACAGUGGUGACAGGCAGAGUGAACGGCACCCGAGAUGGGCGACACAUAAGUUCACUAGUAGUGAAUUACCCACUUGUUAUAUUACUCUGCAGGGAGAGGAUAGCAAGCUAAUGCCCAUUGCGGACAGGGGGAAUGUCUUCCCAGGAUUAGACCAGGGGUCUUGCCGGAUGUCCACUUAAUGGUCAGAUUGUGGUAAUAGAGUUUUUAUUACCUUCUGACGUGUGAACAUAUCCGUUUGCUUAACCACAGGAAGGGAAUACACUGAUCAUCAGUGAUUUGAAGGAUUUGCUUACUAGUAACCACAAGGGCAGUGGCAUCAUAGAGCAAUGAAGAAUCCUUCUCAGCAACACCUAAUAUAGGGGCAGAAAGGACAGCAUAUUCCCCCUCUCUUCAGGUAAGAUAUCUGAGAGAUUAUUGGAUAGGGAGGAGAAAGCAGCCCGCUUUAAAAGACCCAGAGACACGAGAGUGACCUGGCCUUAAGUUUUGCCUGACCAAGGAAUGAGUCAUACACUGCAAACUGUGAGACAAACAUUUUCCCGCCCAAAGCGGAGUAACCAUAGGGACAUCAGUGACUGUAAUGUGACAGGUGGUCCCAUAGAGGGCAUAAAGCGUUCAACUACAAUACCCAGUAGGUUUGAGAACGCAGCCCAGGACGGCUUCUGAUUGGUUACAGAAGCUGCGGACUAACUGGGAGAUGUAUGAGACACCGUACACAGACCAUUACACAAAACUUCCCCCUCAGGUAAAUCCGUUGCACAUGCUCUGCAAGAUGCAGGAGCGUCCCCAGAUUUACUGCCUUACAUGUUGGAUAUUAUACACAAAUUCAACAGAGAGCGUUUUAGUACGAUGAAGCCAGACAGAGUACAAUACCUUCAAAUAAAUCCGUUAGCAUGUGACUAAGUACUUAGUACACAACACCUGCAAAUAAAUCUGGUAUUAUGUGACUGAGUACACAGUAGAAUACAUAUAAUAGGUAAAUACUGUGAUGGACUAUAUAUGGACCCAGACGCACGUAGUCCCCUAGGCUACAGUAUACAGUGAUAUACAUAUCUGGGAUACAAGGCAGUGAAAUCACAUAGUGGAUACAGGCACACAUAGUCACGUUUGCAAUGCAGAUAAUUAUUUUCAUGACAAAAUUGCAUUGGAUUAUUAUUAUAUGAAUAUAUAUAUAGAUAUAGAGCAAUAAAUCAAUCAGCGGCACUCGGGGUCUUGUUACAGCAAGUAAGUGUAUUAAAGUUCACGGCAUAGAAACCAACGUUUCGGGACAAACACGUCCCUUUGUCAAGGUGAAUAUAUAUAUAUAUAUAUAUAUAUAUAUAUACAGCAAAUAAAUACAGCAUCACUCCAGGUCUUGUUUGGUGCAAAAAUAUCAAAGUGUAUUGAAGCAAAUCACAUGUCCAACGUUUUGGGGCCCGUAGCCCCUUUGUCAAGGUGUGAAUAAGUGUAAAUGCACAAACCCCUUACCUUUAAAGCUGGUGGCCACCACGUGCAAGGAGGAGCUUUCCCAGCGAUGUCUGUCACUCGGGGCUGGGGGUUUCCGGCGCUGUGCGAGUGAUGCGGCACUCGCGCCGCCAGCAUACUUUUGGCGUCCCGUUGCCAUGACAUCACGAUUGGUCCUCUGCUCGGCUCUGGGGAGGUUACUGAGCCGCAGCACAGAAUGUCACCCUGACAUGUAAGUGCUGCGGCCCUUGAAGUCUUCUAAAAGCUUUUUCAGGGCUGCCCAGUGCAGCCCACCUGUUAAGUGACCUGCUUCUGCAGGCACCAACUCGAAACUGAGCUCCAGUGCUUUAGCCUGUUGGUGCCUGUGGAUCAAGAGCCAUCUCUACACCCCAAUGUUUUCCCUGUGGAAACCUAUGUACCCCACUGCAGAAAUUUAUUAUAUUUGCUUUCUGAAAGCUCCAGAGGCCAAACUUCUCUCAUUACUGAAUUAGCCUUAAAUAUUGUGGAAAAAUGGCUCAACAAAGGCCUUAAAUCCUACACUUUCAUUUUUAUGCCCCAGGAAUAAUUACAUUGUGAUGUUAUUUUUACCUGUAAUCUUAUUUAAGAUGAAUAUAUUUUACUCAUUCGUAAAUGUAUUUGCAUGUUAUCAUUAUAUCACAGUCGGCAGAUUAUUAUCACUGACAUUAUUUACUUAAGAUUUCUUUGGGCUCUACUUUAGUCUCUAUGAAGUAAACAUUUGAAUUCUCCAGUUAUACUUGCUCUGUACAACAGCCAGAGACGUGCAGUCAGGGGAGACAGUGCCUCCCCUGUCAUAAUGUCUAAAAUAAUACAAAGAAGAUACUUAUAACACAUAUUCUGUGUCCUAUAGAUCUUCUUUGUAUUAUUCUUAUCAUUUUGCCUGUGGUAAUGCAGGCAGCUGUGGAUGGGAGGCAGCGAGCGCACUGCCUCCCGCUGACAAUAAUAAAGUGGCUGAAGCGGGGGCGGGGCCAAGCCACCUGCAGGAAAAGCCCAUUCAAAAAAGUGAGAAGAGGCAGCUUUAACUCUGCCUCAAUGACAGGGCUGUGCCCUUAGCCUAAAUGAAAGCACACCCCUGUCCCUUCCCUAUCCCUUCCCUCUGUCUAUCAUUCUGACUAUACCCCUCUCCUCCAAUCACCUCUCUCCUCCCAUACACGGAGAGGAGGUCUCUGAGGAUCUGGCAUUGAAUGUGGGGUAUUAGCAUGUUCUCCCAGGCACCCCUCGCUCCAUGCCCGAAUAGAGUUGUUGUCCCCUGUUACCUUAACACAGCCACAAUAAAGUAGAAUCACUUUUGUGUUGAAGCUGCAGUAGUGCAACUUAUCCUCCAGCCAGUGUGAUGAGCUGCGGCCAGCUAGCCAUGUAACAUCAGCCCACCCCAAGGCAGAGGCACCCAACAUGCCAGAGCAGGGGCUGACUAGACCCCUACCCCUCUCAUCACAGCUCCUUUUCCAGCCGACACUCAGCCUCUUGGAGGCGGACCCUGUACACAGACUCUCUGGCAAGUGAUUGCAGAUUGGAUAUAUAAUACCAUAGUUAACUGGCAAGUUUUUGUGACUGAGUCGGUAGUCUAGUGGUUAGGCCAAUUGUCCACUAUCACAGAGGUUCUAGGUUCAAUCCCCACUUAGGAUUGCAAUUAAAUUUAUUUAACAGAUGUUGGUUUUUAUGGUUCAAUUAUUUUAACCAUAACUAUCUGAUAUAGGCAUCAGUUAGAUUGAAUGCUGAGGACAUGGUUUUGAUUACCUAAUUAACUAAGGUGCCAUUUUAUUAUUUAUUUAACAGAGAGUUGUUUUCUAUAACUUUUAAUAUUUCUGACAAAACAUAACUUUCUUGCAAGCAGUUUAGUGGCCUAAUGGCUAGGUGUUCUGCUUUAUAAUGUUAAGGACAUGGGUUUGCUUCCUUGCUAGGGUAACUUUUUAUUUUUUUUAUUUUAUUUCGAAACUGAAUAUUAAAAUAUAGUUUAUUAUGUCUUUAUGACACUAUACAUUUUAUUUUCUGCUGUGAAGGAUUCCCUUCCACCUAAAAUAAAAGUGUAGAGCUGCCCCUCGGCGGCGCUGCAUUCAGGGCUGUUUGUGCUGCAUGUUCCUAGAGGCAGAGGAUGAUAUGCACAAUAAAUCCUAUAUUAUUGUGCAUAUAUACUGGUUAUCAAUGUUUAUAUGGCACUUCUGAGAUACUGUGUGUGUAUAUACU